ACUCAUCUCUGUUAACUACUGAUGGUUGCAGAUCUGUAUUUGAUUUAGUUACUUUCGAAAUAUUCGUAUGAGGGAGUAACUGAAUUAUGAGUGGAUUUUGGGGUUAUAUGUUUUCUCCCGACUUGUCUUUGCUCCAUGUCGGGCCUUCGCCAAAAAUAGUUCGCUCGACGUAAUAGAGGUUAUGGAAGCGUUGAAGUUGAAUAUUCCGUAUCGAGUGGAAAAAGUUUAUGACAGAUGCGCUUAUUUGAACUGCCGCAAGGGAAGGCACCCUUCAAAUGGUGGAGUCCAAUUAUUCCAUUUCCCUGCCGUGAGAGACGAAAUUCGACUCGCGAUAUGGGUGACGAACUGUGGCAAUCCUCAAUUAAACAACUGGUCCGCAAGUACCUUGCGCAGAUCAGGCAUCUGCGGAGACCACUUUACGGGUGAUAGUUUUAUAACGCAAGAUCGGACGAGACUGAAACGAAAUGCAAUACCAAUUCAUUACAAGCAGUUUCAGGCACAAAUGCAGGCAAAUACGAAAGAAGAAAUUGUCGUCGAUCCUGACUUUGACUUUGCUAUACCUGAUAUGAAAGCUCAAUCCACGAAUUGUACCUUAGAUGAUAAAUGUAUCGCGACUAAUAAUUCAGAAACGAAAGAAGAUUAUUCAAAUACGUCGCUUGUCCAGAUUCAUAAAAAGGAAUUAAAAUCGGAAUGCCAGGAUGACGAGAGUGCAAUGAACGUCGUGCCGUUAGAGAAGGAAAAUAAGGAGCAAAAUAACGGCAGCAAAGUAGGGAUACCCUCUUUUGUAAGGGUUUACAAAAAGUCGGACAUGCCAAUGGGUGGUUUCAAAAUUAUCUCGUCCAUGCCAGUGUAUAAAGUUAACAUGCCAUUAGGGAAUCUUAAAACUUUGAAUCCUAUAAAAGUUCUCGAAGUAGGAAGGUCUUCGAAAGCUAUUAAAGAUGCAUCAGAGGAUUCGGUACAAAAAUUGGAUAAUGGUCUUCAACAGAGUGCAGAUCAACCAGAAGUCAGUAGCGUAAUCUCUGAAAAAGCGGAUCAAGAAAUUAUAGUUCCUGUUGAAAAUCCUGAGCAGGAACGUCUGAAACCAUCGACAUCGAGGAGAAAAUAUAAAGAUACAAAUAGUACAACAAUAGAACACAUGUACAAACCUAAGCCACCCCGACCUGUCAAGCCCCCCCUUGGCGCAGUUAAUGUAAGGCGGUUAUUGACCCAGAAUGAAUCCCUGAAGAAUAAAAAUAUUAAUCUUCGGAAGACUAUAAAACGACUUAGGAGGAAACUAAGACGUUCCAUUGAGCGAACCACUACUGCUGUUCAGAUAUCCAAAAUUGCUUUGAAGCAAAGGCAAGAUAUAGAUUGUUUUUUAGACUCCCAUGAUUGCAUGAGUCCAGGUGCAAGAGCAGUUGUAAAGUUACAGGUCCAUAGACCAAAUACGUCUUAUUCCAAAGAGGAAAAGGAUUUUGCCCAGAAACUGUACACUAUUUCUCCAACAAACUAUAUAAAAAUGAGAAAGUUUGGUCUCAAUUUCCCUGGUGAAAGUACUGUAAAAAUGUGGAUUUCUAUGAGAAACAAGAUUAAUAUUGACGAACAUUGUGAAGAUAUAAAUGCAGAUGAUCAUGCAGUUAUUACGAUUAACGAUGGUCAUACUGGUGCUACAAACAUUGACACUGAAAAUCAUAUCGUUAUUACAGGUAUAGAAGACCAAUCAAUCGUCCGGAAUAUUGAUGUCAGGUCAAUAAGUGUUACAAAUAUCAAUGAGCAUACAAUUGUUGCCAAUAUUGAUGAUAUUCCCAUUGAAUUUGCUGAUGAUAUGGAUCAAUGAUACUUCUGCACAGCAUUUUCAAAACUAAAACAAUGAUUUCUUUUCCAUAAUGUGUACUAUGUUUUAGCGAUUUAACUUGAAAUUGAUGUUUCUAUUACUAUAAUUUAAAAUACGCCAUCAAUUGUAUACGAAUGAUUGGCUAAAUAUUUAUUGAACGUUAGAAUUACCUUGUUUUAAAUUUAAAGCAACUUUAUUAGUGAUUUUUUGCAUGACUCAUUUAGACUCCAUUAUUGUGGCGCAUGUUUAGAGAGUUCUUAUAAAUCUAGGAUGUGCAAAGAUAGAGAUACAUAUUUUUAAAACAGCAUUUGAAGAAGUAUAUAUUUUUUGUAGCCAAAAAUAUCAAUUAUUUCUAAUUUUGGAUUUAUCGAGAACUUUCACGUUUGCUUACCAUGAGAAAGAGUACAAUGACAUGAAUCCUGCAAUACUUAACUAGAUUUCUGUUUUACUCUCGAUACUCUGUGCAAUAUACAUAAGCAUAUAAUUUCAUUAAUCGAUUUAACGAAUGUAAAGUAAUCAAGUAAUUUCAACGUUCAACAAGUAUUGAUAAUUAUAUAUCAUCUUGAGUUAUUUAAUGACUUUGGAGGAAUGUGAGAAUUCAUUCCUCCUUCCAUUUGUCCAUAAAAACGAAAACCAAAUUUGGUUUAUAAAGGAAUUAGUCACGUUUAGGUCUUCAUUUGUUGCGUUUUUAUUAAUUUUGUAAGAAAAUAAGGUGUUACUAUAUCUUGUUAGGUCAUGCACGGUCGCAUGAAGCAUUAAAAGUCUACAAUUAGUCAAUUAUUUAACUGGUAUUUCAGUUGUAAUCUAUUGUAAUUAUUCCAUCGAUAAGUAAUCGAUUCUGCUGCUUUACCUUCACAAACUUCAUUUAAUGAAGAAAAAUCUCGAAUAAAAGUACAUCUGUACAUUCGCCAGAA